GGUGGGGGGGGGGGUUGUUGAUAUAAGAUGUUCAACUUUAAGAAAAUGGCAUUGUUUUGACAAUGACGCACGAAGUUGAUCCAAGGGGAUUUCAAAUUUUAAAAGUGUCCGUAAAUCUCAAUUCUAACUGGCUUAACGGAAUAUUAUAAACAGGUUGUGAUUAUACUGUAUGUUUUAUACGCAUCUUAUUGUUGAAGUGUUGAAAAACAAACGGUCAGGAAGAAAAGGAAUUAUCCCAGAGUAAAUGAGGUCGAGACUCGCUUGUUGAUGGACUUUACCAUGAUGGAGCAAGAAGCUUUAAUGAAAGGUCAAGGUCGCGUGAAUCAACUGGGUGGUGUAUUCAUCAAUGGGAGACCACUGCCGAAUCAUAUUCGGUUAAAAAUUGUAGAGCUGGCCUCCCAGGGUGUUCGCCCCUGCGUCAUCAGUCGACAACUGAGAGUCUCCCACGGAUGUGUGUCCAAGAUACUGCAGCGUUAUCAAGAGACGGGCAGCAUCAGACCCGGCGUGAUAGGGGGCAGCAAACCAAGGGUGGCGACUCCUGAGGUGGAGGAGAAGAUUGAGGAAUACAAGAGAGACAACCCAGGUGUGUUCAGCUGGGAAAUACGAGACAAACUCCUGAAGGUGGGAACAAGGAACGAUGGAAUUUGUGACCGCAACUCUGUGCCCAGUGUCAGCUCUAUCUCUCGUGUACUCAGGAGUCGGUCAGUCAGAGGAGAUGAGGAGGAAUUGGGUAGACUGCCCAUGUACCACAGUGAGCAGAAAUUUGGGGGGCAGUCGGUAGCAAUUACUGAUAAAGAUGAUCUAUCAGAUUGCGAUUCAGAGCCGGGCAUAGAACUGAAACGUAAGCAGAGGCGGAGCCGGACCUCCUUCACCAGCGAACAGUUGGAGGACCUGGAGCGAGCCUUUGAGCGAACCCACUACCCGGACAUCUACACCCGUGAGGAGCUUGCCCAGAGAACCAAGCUGACGGAAGCCAGGGUCCAGGUUUGGUUCAGCAACAGAAGAGCCCGUUGGAGAAAACAAGUUGGCAGCAACCAGCUCUCGGCCAUCAACACUUUCUUACAGCUGCCACAGAGCGGGUCCCACGGUGUCCACUCCAUGAAUUCGGCCACGGUGAUGAGCCAGCCUGUACACACUGACCAGGUAUCCAUGGGCUCUGUGCCUGGACCAGCGCCCAUUCAGCCUCAGUCCAUGCUCCAGUCGUCACUGCCCACUUGCACCCCGCCCUCUGCGUUCAUGUUCAGCGAUGCCAACUACUCUUUACCAUCAGCGCCAGAAAGUUUCUGGCCACACAGGCCACAGCUGAGUUCUCUGCAUCAAGCGUUCACCCCCUCCUUCAAAGCACCUGACGUCACCUACAACGGACUUAUGGACUCCUACCUUUCCCACGCAGCGCAGGUUCCGUCCUAUACCACGCUGUCCAGCUCUAACUAUACCACCACCUGGUCACCGACAAUGACCACACAGCUCACUCCUCUCAAUACUUACCACCCCCCGGCGUACCAGUAUGAUGUCACCAGGUCGCAGUUCAUGGCCAACACUAACAAUUAUGACAAGUGUCAAGCUGAUGAUAGUCUGUCUUCACUUCGCUUUAAGUCACGUGACCACUCCAAUAUGUUGGGCCUGCUUCAGGCUGACCAACUACGUCAGCACAACCCGUUCCAAGUCAUGUGACGAGCUACAUCAACGAGACAGAUUUCGAGUCAUGUGACCAGCUACAUCAACAAGACAGGCUUCGAGUCAUGUGACCGACUACGUCAACACAACCCGUUCCAAGUCAUGGGACCAGCUACGUCAACGAGACAGGUUUCGAGUCAUGUGACCGACUACGUCAACACAAUUCGUUACAAGCCAUGUGACGAGCAACAUCAACACAACUUGUUUCAAUGUAUGUGACCAACUAAGUCAACACAGCCCGUUUCAAGUCACGUGACCAAUUGCGUGAACACAGCCCGUUCCGAGACAUGUGGCUGGCUACGUCACACAACCCGUUACAAGUCAUGUAACCUAUGCAGCAAGGCGAAUACGGCUCUCCACGAAUGAGCUUAUCUGUCAUGCCUCUUUGGAAAUAUCUGGGUCAUUUCUGUUUGCAUUCAAUUCCUCAACGUUCUCUGGCACAAAAUAUUCCCUUUGAAAUGUAAAGAAGACAAAGAAAAAUAUGUUCUUAUAUCACAAAUGUAUCGAUUAAUGGCUGAGUGGUAAAUUUAUUGACUUUUAAACCGAGAAUCAGUACAAGUUGAGUUUUUCUAUAUUUUUCUCCAACGGCGGAAAUUACUUCCCUUUGACUUUUAUGAUUGCUUCCCUUUGUUUUAACCCAUCAGGUUCAAACUGCAGCUUCUAUGCUUCCCCUUGGCUUUUUAUGAUCUGUUUUAACCCAUCAGAUUCAAACUGCUGCUUAUUAAUAAAAUACUCAGAAAGACAAAGAUAAAGGCUCAUUUUUUAUUUCAUAUGCUAGGAGGAAAAGCGCUCCCUCUUCACUAGUGUCACUAGAGCAUUAACGGGUUGCCUGAAUCAGACAGGAAAACCAGUGACUUAGCACAGUUUAAUUCACAAAAUGGCAAGCACGACUGGAUUAGCACAUGGAUGUAAUUACAUAUUCUGUUUUGAAGAGGACGUCUGUCAUUUAUAAGAUCAGGAGAAAACUAUUUACCUUGAAGAGGACGUUUUACGAAGACACUGCAAAGGUGUAAAUCAAAUUAAUUAGUAAUAUAUAGUCAAUUGUAACUUAAAAUUGAACUAUUCUUUAGAUCAGUGGUUCCCACAUUUUUGUCUCGUAGACCCCUUGGAAGUCUUCGUAGACCCCUGGGGGUCUAUAUAGACCACUUUGGGAAUCACUGCUUUAGAUAUUCGGUGUUUCAUGUUUAUAUUAUGCAAUUGUAUAUAUAUAACUUUGUACUAUAUAUAUGGCUCCUUUUGUCUCGAAAGGCAAUGGAUGCGCCCAAGUGAGUCACUGGUUUUGGCUUAAUCUUGAGACGGGGCAGAAUCUGGUGUGGCUAAUCAAGCCAAUUCUAGAACGGCAGACUUUGCCACAAUUCGUACAUGUGUAUGCCUCUGAUUUAGGGCUAGCAGACAGGGCAGCUUUCUUUUUUUCCCUCUUGAUU